AAGUGGGGCUUGACCCUUGUUGAUUAUCUGGCUAAACCAAGUUUCUUGGGGUCGAAGACAGUCAAAGUAAAAAACCGACCCAAGUAGCGUCCAAUUACAAAGCAGAUUGAGCGAGAGAUCCGGGUAUGUCCUUGCUAUCCACUGUGGAACUUCCAUAAGAUCCACCUCUCCGUCCACCUUCCAUUGUCAUCCUACUUUUGGCCGUCCGAUGCACAUACCUUUUCGCCGUUAAACCUAAAGGGGCCAAAUGAUCUGUCGUUUUGCCGUAACCAAGUAGGAGUCUAAGGUUAGUUAAACAGUUAUAAAACCAAUGAAUUCACUCCACGUGUAAUCAUACCUAUGAGUAAUCGCACCAUAGGGGAUCCAAAAGGUGUUUGCAAAACUUUCAACUGCCAUUAAUUAAACAAGAAAAAUAAAUCGGCCGAAGAGAGUAGAAGGGUGAGUUGAAAAAAGGAGCAAGGAUAUAUUAUUUGUUUUUGUCUUUCGAAGCAAGCCACGAGCUUCAAGCUUCGGAGAGUUUCGUUGAUCAAGAAAAAAAGCUUUCUUUUUGGGUUCAUCUUCACAAGGAGGAAUGGCAAAGAGUUACUUCAAGCAAGAGCAUGAUCUUGAGAAGAGGAGGGCCGAGGCUGCGAGGAUUAGGGAGAAAUAUCCUGAUAGAAUCCCGGUGAUCGUGGAGAGGGCAGAGAGAAGUGAUAUACCAAACAUAGACAAGAAAAAGUACCUUGUCCCAGCUGACUUGACUGUUGGACAAUUUGUGUAUGUCAUCCGUAAAAGGAUCAAACUGAGUGCAGAAAAGGCGAUCUUUAUAUUUGUGGACAAUGUCCUCCCGCCAACUGGUGCCAUUAUGUCUGCCAUAUAUGAGGAGAAGAAGGAUGAAGAUGGAUUUCUUUAUGUUACUUACAGUGGGGAAAACACAUUUGGGCAUCUGAUGUCUCAGUAGCCAUUGGUAGAUUAAUUUGGACGUUGCUUUUAUCUUUUCCUCGUUUCAGCAUUCCCCUAUAUUAUCUCUAGCAUCACCAUAUACAUUGCCUUAUACUGGUAAUUUGGUUGUUGCUAUUAUUUUAAGAACUGCUGGUGAUAUGUACAGUUGCAUAUUGUACAUAAAUAUUUAUGAUUUCCGCACGAAGUUAAAAGUUCCUUUCCAUCAUUUAUCACUUGAAAUCUUUCUCUUGGUUGCACAGUUGGUGCUGGCAUUA